ACGAUAACGAUAUGUAUCACGAUAGACACGUGAUCGAUAGCAAUAAAAAAUGUGUUCGAUAAAACGUUCGAUAAUUUUUUUUCGUCAGAAGAAAACGGAGGUUGCAAAGCAAGUUUCGUUGCAUUAACAAAGGCACUCGCUCUCUGGUAACCUAGCAACGUAGGGAGUGACACGCUAACAGCCAAUCAUGUAACAGUAUCAAGUUUGGUUGCGUUGUCUCGUGCUCGAUUCCUCUUCAGUAACCGGCAGAAAACUGAGAAGCAGAAAAUGAGUGCUGCAGAGAGCGAGGAAAUUGUAAAUAAAAGAGGAAAAUUCAGCUCGCCAGUAUGGCAGUUUUUUGGAUAUUAUAAGUCUGACCGUAGUCAGACCAAUGCCGUCUGCAAAUUAUGCAAGACCGUCGUCCCAGCCAAGUCUGGUAAUACCACGAACCUGAUGUACCACCUUAGCCGCGCUCACCCUUUGGAGCACAGCCGUAUUCAACCAACAACAUCUGUAGCUGCAACACCGCACAAGCAGCAGACGACCAUGGAGAGGUACUCUGCAUCAGUGCCUUAUGACAAAGAAACAAAACGGUACAAAGAUAUAACGGAGGCAGUGGCAUAUCAUAUAGCCAAAGACAUGCUUCCGUUUAGCACCGUUGAGAAGUCAGGUUAUAAAAAGCUUAUACACGUGCUUGACCCACGCUACGUUCUUCCUGGCCGAAAGUACUUUUCUAAGACUGCCAUUCCUAAGCUGUAUGUAAUGUGCAAAGAAUCUGUACAGCAAGAAAUAUUGUCAGCAAAGUACUUUGCAACAACCUCUGACCUGUGGUCAAGCCGUACUUCUGAGCCAUAUAUUAGCUUGACCAUUCACUUCAUCGACAAUGAAUGGGGUUUGAAAACCAGAUGCCUUGAGAGUGCAUAUUUCCCCGAAGACCACACAGGAGAAGUGAUAGCAGAAGGCUUGAAGGAGGCACUGUUGUCCUGGGGUCUGAUUGAAGACAAAAUGGUGUGCAUUACCACAGACAGCGGGGCAAAUGUAGUGAAGGCGACUUCACUGAACAACUGGACACGGCUGCAGUGUUUUGGCCAUCGUUUGCACUCUGCUAUUGGUGCUGCAGGGAAAGAUAAAAGAGUGGAGAGGGCUGUAGGUGUGUGCAAGAAAGUGGUAUCUAGCUUUUCUUACUCGUGGAAGAAAAAGAGUGCGCUCUCUAAAGCACAGGAACGUCUCAAUCUUCCCAAACACCAGCUGGUCACAGAGUCACUAACCAGGUGGGGCUCAAGACAAAAGAUGGUGGCAAGGGUCCUAGAGCAACAAAAGGCCAUCACUGAAGUUCUCUCUUCUGACAAAAACAACAGGCACCUGAUCCCAACGUGGCAGGAUAUUGACGUCCUGGAGUCAAUGCAUGCGGCCUUAACUCCUCUCCUGGAGUUCACAGACUCCCUUUCUGGGGAGUCAUAUGUGACGGUCUCAUACGUGAAGCCUGUGCUCCACCUUUUCCGCUCUAGUUUGCUGAAAGUUAAUGAUGGGGACACUCAGCUCACAAAAGAGCUGAAGACAAAAAUAAUGACCUAUCUUGACGAGAAAUAUGCUGACCCUGACACAGAUGAUCUCCUUGACAUGGCUACCUUUGUGGACCCUAGGUUUAAAGGCCGAUACAUCAGACCAGAGAAGGUAGGGGCCAUUCAAAUGAGAGCUGUGUCUGAGAUCAUGGAUGAAGACCAGGGCCAAUCACAGGCAGGGCCUUCUGAGGGAGCAGCAGACCAAGGUGCAGAAGGAGGAGCUGUCAGUGGACCACCUAUGCCACUGGGCGUGAAGAAGCAACGCAAGUCAUUGGGGAGCUUUUUCAAAAACAGUGCCAAGAUGAUGAUGCUUUGCCUCUCACUGAAAAACAAAAAGUGGAGAGUGAGCUGGAAAGGUACCUGAUGUGCCCCGAUGCAGACAGUGAGUCUAACCCUCUGGACUGGUGGAGGCUACAUGAACACAACUUCCCCAGAUUGUCUCAGCUGGCGAAAAAGUACUUGUGUAUCCCAGCCACCAGCACCCCCUCAGAAAGAAUUUUUAGUACUGGGGGUAAUAUUGUUACAUGCACCAGGGCAGCUUUAGACCCAGAGAAGGUCAACCAGCUGGUGUUCCUAGCACAAAACCUGGACUGAAAAUAUACUUAAAUAGUUCAGCUUCAAGUAUGAUUACACUUACAGUAAGAAUAACUUGAAGAGUUACCUUUUAUAUUUCUGCUUUUUUUUAAACAAUGUUACUGGUACUGUAUCAGGUUUGUUUUUUUAUAUUAUAGAUGUACCUCAGUCAGUCUACCUCAGUUUUAUUUAUGUUUACAAAACACUGCAGGUUACUUUUUUAUUUCUGCAGGUUUUAUAUUUCAAACAAUGUUGCUGGUACUGUAUCAGGUUUGUUUUUAUAUUAUAGAUGUAGGCUACCUAAGUCUACCUCAGUUUUAUGUUUACAAAACACUGCAGGUUACUUUUUAUAUUUCUGCAGGUUUUAUAUUUCAAACAAUGUUACUGGUACUGUAUCAGGUUUGUUUUUUAUAUUACAGAUGUACCUAAGUCUACCUCAGUUUUAUUUAUGUUUACAAAACACUGCACAUAUUUUAAAACACUUUAUUCACCAGAAGGUGAACGGCUAGUGAACUUCCUAGCACUAAACUUGCACUAAAUUCUCAGGUUUCUAUGUUUAUAUCUAACACUUUGCACUAUUUUAUUUUACUUUAUUAAGAAUUUCUUACAUUUUCUCUUAUUGUGCACCUUAAAUGUUAGAUAAGAUAAUUGUUAAGUGUUCAUUGUAAAUUUAUACUCAUGUUUAAAUGUAUUUAUUUAAGUUUUCUAUGGUUGUUGACAUUUCUGUCUUAAUACCUGAAGGGAUUAUGAUCAGAGGAAGGUUAAGUUUAAA